AUGGCUCAGCCCGCAUUUGACUUUGACACCGCGCGGAGGCCGUCGCAGGCCGAAAACCAGACUAUACUAAAGUCCGAGAUUCCACUGAAAGAACGAUUUUUCCGUUACUUCCAACAUGAGAUUACAGCCCUCCAGGAACAGAUGGAUCGGCUGGCCGAUACCUCUCUUGUAGGGGGAGAACGGACAGAUGCUACCGAUCAUUGUCUGGCUGGAGUUGCCAGGUUGUCCAACGAGGUGAAGGAUGCAGCAAGCUACAUUCCGACCUACGACCAACGCAUCUAUGCAGAAGCCAUUAAAGCCCUUCAAGAUAAGCUCGCCGAAACUCGUGCUGCAGUCGAACCCCGGCCCAAAUUUACGUUCAAGACCAAGAAGAAUACAUCUGCUGUUUCGCUAUCGGAUGCGGCCCAGUUGGUUGUGCAAGGUCAUGGCAGUAUACCCGGCUAUCGCUCCCCCGGUGCCUCUUCGGUCAACUCGUCUGCGGGUCAUACACCCAACUACCCUUCCACACCCUUAUACGAGCCGGACUUUGUCCAGCUGCAGCGACCGGAAAUUGCCCCUACAUCCGUCCCAGUCUUCUCUGCGGAUAUGGGCACGAUGGAGACCAAGCCUAAAGAGGAUGCUCCGAAGGGUAACGCUUUUGCAGCGACUUCAGUGUCAUCUGUUUCAGUCAAUGACCACUACGGUCUCCAUAUCAUGCUUCCUGCGUCAGGCUCGACGGCCACUGUCCCUUCCUCCAUCACAUCCUUGCAUCAUUGUGUCGUUGACAUGUCCAUCCCAACGGCAAACGGCAAGCCGUAUGCCAGUCUGACGAUCAACGGAGUCAAGGAAAGCCUGCUGAUCUGCGGCCAAAUUGACGGUCCGGCGCACAUAACCGGCGUUGAGAACAGUGUGAUUGUUGUCUCAUGCCGACAGUUCCGCAUGCACAACUGCACCGAUGUGGAUGUCUAUCUGAGCAGCUCUAGCAACCCCAUCAUUGAAGAUUGCUCCAAUAUCCGAUUUGGCAGAAUACCCAGAGCAUAUGCUUUAGAUCAUGAUCGCCGGGAUAACGAGGACCGCUGGAGCCAAGUUGAAGACUUCAAGUGGAUCAAACCCGAACCAAGCCCGAACUGGAGCUUGCUUAGCUCCGAGGAAUCGAUUCCCGAGCAAGUCUGGGCUGAGAUAGUGCCUGGUGGUCCCGGAUGGUCGCUGGACGACAUCCUCCGCGCGAUCAAGAUUGUAAAGGAUUGA